GUCAUAUGUAUAGUAUUCUCUGAUAAAAUCAUAUUCCCUUUAUCGAAAAGGGUCUAUGUAUCAGUUCGUAAAAUGUCUCACCCCUCUCUCUCACCACAAUGGCUCUUUCCAUCAUGGACGCCAUUCGCUGACCGUAAAUAUCUAUCCUCUUAAACAUACUUUGAUAAAUAUCUUGGCUCUUCGCGUCUCCUAUUAAACGCUUGGAAUUCGUCCAACUGAACGCACAGUGUCGUGUGCAAACCCGUGAAAUCAUAGCUACUGGUAUUUACAUCUGAGUGAUUCGGUGAGUUCGGGCCCAGCGAGCUCGCGUUCAAUACAGCAGACCUGCGCGUUCGUGUAUUUGGGUGCGUGCGCGCUCGAGUGUGUGUGUGUGCGUGUAUCAGGCGGAGAGAUGCUGACCAACUGAGCCACAUCUGGUCACCUCUGUGUUUGUAUCAUUAUAACGCACACGUGAUCCGAUCUACUCGAAACGCUUGCUCAAGGGUCCCUGCCGCACAGCGGCGCCAUGAGCGAGUUGAAGGAAUGCCCCCCGCUGAAAUACUACGACUUCAAGCCCGUCGAGCACGUCAAAGUGUGUCCCCGCUACACGGCCGUGCUCGGCCGAUCCGAGGACGAUGGCAUCGGCAUCGAGGAGCUGGACACCCUGCAGCUGGAGCUGGAGACGCUGCUGUCCUCCGCCAGCCGCCGCCUGCGAGCCCUGGAGGAGCAGAGACAGAUCCUCACGGACUGGCAGGACAAGAAGGGGGACAAGCGCUUUCUGAAGCUGGGGAAAGACCCGGACCCGGCUGCCUCGUCUCGCCACAAACCGAAGAAGCAGAAGCUGGACGGCAAGGGCGGCCACACGCCGGGUCCCGGUCCCGGCCGGCCCAAAUCCAAAAACCUGCAGCCCAAGGUCCAAGAGUACGAGUUCACGGACGAUCCGCAGGACAUCCCCCGCACUCCUAAAAACGACGCCCCCAACAGAUUUUGGGCAUCGGUUGAGCCAUACUGUGCCGAUAUCACGAACGAGGAGAUCCGAUUGCUAGAAGAACUUCUGAAACCCCCGGAGGACGAGGCUGAGUAUUUCAAAAUCCCGGCUCUGGGGAAACACUACUCCCAGCGGUGGGCUCAGGAAGAUCUGCUGGAGGAGCAGAGGGAAGGAGCUCGAGCUAACGACAAGAAGAAGAGCCUGAUGGGAGGGCCGCUGUCCGAGCUGGACGCAAAAGACGUGGAUUCCCUGAUGAAAAAGUCCGAGUCCCAACACGAAUCUCCCGAAGACGGAUGUCCCUUCGGUCCUCUCACUCAGCGUCUGCUCCAAGCACUUGUAGAGGAGAACAUUAUAUCCCCCAUGGAGGAUUCACCCAUACCGGACAUUUCAGGGAAGGAUGCUAAUGACGGCGCUGGGACUUCUCCCAGAAGCCAAGGAAAAGCUUUCAGCGUUCCUCACACACGUUCUCUGGAGGCUCGCAUCAAAGAGGAGCUGGUGGCUCAGGGGCUGCUGGACUCGGAGGAGCGACCCGGACCGGGAGGAGACUCUGAGGACGAGAUCCUGGCGGAGCUGCAGAAGAGGCAAGCGGAGCUCAAAGCCCUGAGUGGCCACAACCGAGCCCGCAAGCAGGAGCUGCUCCGGUUGGCAAAAGAAGAGAUGCGCAAGCAGGAGCUGAGGCAGAGGGUCAGGGUGUCCGACAACGAGGUCAUGGAGGGAUUCCGCCGAAUCAUGGCCGCCAGGCAGAAGAAACGCACUCCGACCAAGAAGGAGAAGGACCAAGCGUGGAAAGCGCUGAAGGAGAGGGAAAGCAUCCUCAAGUUACUGGACGGGUAGAAGUAGAGACCGUUUGUGGGGAGAAGCCUCCUCUUCCCCCGCACAUUGAAACAAAUCAAGAAUUGCUGGGACAGCUGUGAGAUGGUCAGUGAACAUCUGUAUUUAUGAUGAUGCGUGACACUUGUUUACUGCAGGUCCGUGUGAUUUGAUGAGGGAUAUUUCUGUUGUAGUAAAUGUUGGUCACGUGCAGCAGAAUGCUCCAUCGAGCCGUAAACAAACUCAUCAGAGGCUUUCUUUUUUUUUUUUUUUUCUUUCUUUGUCAGUUGGAUUUUCAUGUUGUAUUUCUUUCACCGUUGUGAUGUCACGAAGAAAAGAAAUACACACAAAUGUUUGAAUAAAUCAGUUCCCCUUGAGGGCGGCUUGGUGUAAGUGUCCCUAAUCCAGGUCGCCUGCUUACCAGCAUCAGAGACCAAGAUCUGAAUAAACGCUGCUGCUACUCCGUCAAAUAAUGGUUAUUGUCAAUAAAUAUUACUUGUGGUGCUUUG